AUGGCAACAACAACAACUAAUUCUCAGAGUUUAAAACAUCGAUUAGAUAAUGAAAUCGAAAAAUAUCGAUUAGAACUUAAUUGGACUAAAAUUCUUGAUAAAUUAAAAACUACAAAAGUUUCAGAAUAUGGUAAAUUUUUGGAUGGAGAAGCUCAAUUAGAAUAUUAUUUACAACAAUAUCCAUUAACUGAUAGUCGUCAUAUUGAAAAAUCUCGAAAUGAUUUAAAUCGUAUUGAAAAUCUUCUUAAAUCUGGUGGAUCAUCAAAUUUAUUUGAAGGUCAAUGUCUUUUAGCUAAAUUAUAUUAUUCUCAAGGACGUUAUGAUGAUUGUUUAACAUAUGUUAAUAUAGCAUUAAAUUCAAUUCCAAAUGAUAUUAAAGAACAACCAAAUAGAUCUUCUUUAUUACUUGCAGAAAUUUAUGCACUUAAUGGACUUUUAUUAGAAAGAAAAAAUGAAAAUUUAUUUGAAAUAAUUAAAUCAUUUGAUGAUUCUUGUAAAUUAAGUCAAACAUAUUAUGAUGCUGUUGAAAAAGCUAAAAAUUUAAGUAAUGAUAAUUUAGAUAUUGAAAAUUCUUUAAUUGAAUUAGCUUAUCAACGUUUACCACUAUUACAUGCUUCAAAUAAUAAUAUAACAAAAGCAAUUGAAAUAUUUCGUUCAUAUAUUCAAAAUGUUCAUAUUAAAUCAUUAGAAACAAUGAGACAAACAUUAAUUAAACAAUAUGCUGAAUUAUUAUUAAAAUGUGUUUGUAAAGGAAAUUAUAUUCCAAUAAAAAAUUUUGAUGAUAAUAAUAAUCAACGUCGAACAUCUCAAUCAUUAUUUGUUCCUCAAGAUGUUGAUGAAGAAAUUCUUUUAUUAUUAUUAUUGGGUCAAACAUCAACAUUAAAUGAAGCUGUACUUGAUUGGCAAGCUGAACAUGAAGGACAAAGAGAACGUAGUCAUCAAGCUGCUUAUAAUAUUCUUGCUCUUCUAUCAAUAUUUCUUUCUCGUAAACAAGCAUUUCAUAUUAUUGCUGAUUCAUAUGAACAAGCUCUUCGUUUUUCAUUUGAACAUUUUCAAACAUGGUUUAAUUAUGGUUUAUCAUUAAUAUCAUCAGGUCAAUCAUUUCGUGCUUAUCUUAUAUUAAAAGAAUGUCUUCGAAUGCAACCAAAAAAUAUUCAAGUUUAUUUACAACUUGCAAAAAUAAUUCUUGAAUAUAUAUAUGAUUUUCCAUCAUUAUUUGAAACAUUUCCAUCAAGUGGAGAAGAUGGACAACCAUUAUAUAAACAAACAUUAUAUCAACAAAAUAAUUAUUUAAAUCAACAUGAACAACGACCUAAAUUUAUGGAUCUUAUUGAUGAAGCAAUUGAUUAUUGUCAACAAGCUGCUAAACUUGAAAAUCCAUUAUUAUCUGCUCGUUCACUUGUUCUUCUUGCUAUUGCUAAAUCAUUUAAAGCUCGACAAACAUCAAUUCAUAAUGAUCGUCAAACACUUUUUCAAUCAGCUAUUCAUGAUCUUCGAGAUUCAAUUCAAAUUGAUCCACAUGAUUCCAUAUCACAUUUUCAUCUUGCUCAUAAUUUAUCUUUUCUAAAUCAAACUGAAGAAGCAAUUCAAUCAAUUGAAACAUGUUUAUUAUUAUCACCAGAUGAUAAAUUUGCUCUUCAUUUAUAUACACUUUUACUUACUGCUCAAAAAGAAAUGCCUCAAGCAUAUACACAAAUAUAUCGAGCAACAAAUGAUUAUCCAGAUAUAAGUUUAUUAUUAACAAAAGCUGCAAUUGAAGAAGAAUUAUAUGGUUGUGAACAAUCAAUAAUGACUUGUAAAGAAGCAUUAAGGAUUUGGAAAAGUGAAUAUGAACCUAUAUUAACAAAUAAUGUUCAAAAUCUUCAAGCUAUAUCAAAUUCAAGUGGUGGAAAUCGUCCAAGUAGUCGAUCACAAAAUGCUUCAAUUAAUUUUGAAACAGAUGUUGAACAAACAGUAAAUAGUCAACAAGGAACAUUAAAAGUUGAAGAUGGAAUUAAAAAUUUAUUUUUAUUUGGUAUUCGACCAUUUUCAGCAAUAAUUAAUGAUGAAAAUUCAUUGAAAUAUAAUCGAUCAUCAACAUAUUUUUUUUCUAUUCAACCAAUUUAUUUUAGUUUAAUUCAAAUAUUUGAACAUCUUGUUCGAUAUUAUAUUAAAUUAGAUAAAAUUGAUGAAGGUGAACGUUGUCUUAAAGAAAUCUCUUCAUUAAGUCCAUUAUGUCAUCAAAUGUUUUAUAUGCGUGGAUUAAUAAAUGAUGCUCGUGGUCAAUUAAAAUUAGCUAAACUUAAUUAUAAUGAUGCAUUAGCUAUUAAUCCUUAUCAUUUUCCAACAUUAAUUCAAUUAACAAAACUUUUAAUUCAAAUAGGAAAUUAUUCAUUAGCUGAAAAAUAUGCAAGAGAUGCUAUUUCUAUUCAACCAUCCAAUUAUCAACCUUGGUAUUUAUUAAGUUUAUCAAUGGAAGCUCGUGGUGAAUAUGAACAAUCGGUUGAUGUUGGUGCAACUGCUGUGCAUUUAGAAGGAGAUUCUCCAAUUGUUUCUUAUCAUUCGAUAAUACGUGUUCUAUAG